AUGGAACGGAAAACUAGUGAAGAUAUCAUAAAAUCUGCAAAUGUACGACUAUGUCGAUUGUUCAGUUGGCGAAAUUAUAAUGGUUAUGGUUUUCAAUUGAGUAAAUGCACACAACCACCACAUCUGAUCAAUUUAAUCGAAUCAGGCAGUCCAGCAGCAGUUGGUGGUUUGAAAAUGUACGAUGUUGUUCUUGCAGUCAACAAUCGAAAGACGUCCGACAUGAAAUUUAUUGAUCUAAUUAAUUUUCUUGUGUCACUUCGAAACCCGCAUCAACCAUUAGAAUUACUUGUUGUCGAACAACAUAUCUAUAAAGUCUUAAAGAAGAACAAUUUAACUAUUCAUCAUUGUGCUUUCAAGACACACACUUGUCCAAAGGUAAUGCCAGAAGAAUAUGUCCAGUUUUCAAGAAAUGCUUUACGUACAUGUGUCGUUUACUUAAAAACGAAAGAAACUAAAUUUGGUUUUGACAUUGUCGACGGACAUAACGAUACUGGAGUAUUUAUUCAAGAAGUUUCACCACACUCACCAGCAUUCAACGCAGGUUUACGUAAGUGUGAUCGACUUAUUGAACUCAAUGAUCAAUACGUCGAGGACAUUCCAAGCAGUGUAAUAAUUGAAAAACUACGUAAAGCUGCGGCUGAUAGAGCGAUGAAGUUAGCGGUGAAGGGCACAGAAAUUGUUGUUCCUGAUGGACGGAAUGUUUCAGGUUCUAAUCAAGAAGAUACUUAUAUUGUCAUUCCCGCUGAAUCGUACGAAAGUGAGAGCAAUCGUGAUGACUUAUCGUUAUCAAUAAGAUCGACAUUAUCAGCGUCCAUUGAACCAAAACGUCGGAUUUGCUCUGAACCUGCUCAAUCGAACUUACACCAUGUUGAUAAUUAUCUUGUAUUUUCUAAUGGUGAGACGAAUGUUGGACCAGAAGGCCAGUAUGAAUAUUGUGAUACAGAUGAAUCUUCUCUCUCAAGUCUAUCGAUUAAGUCGACGCCAGUAUCUCCUUGCCGUAAUGAAAAUCCAUCUGGUAAUCCGUUAUCAUGCAUGGCAGUAACAAAAGAAUUUCCAUUCAAACGGAAUGAAAAACCUGAUUAUUUAGAACCAUCAAGCAUUGUGUUGGAUUUUAAUGAAAAUGCUCAAACUAGUUCGAAAGAUGAAUCCAAAAGUUCAGAAUCUCAGACAAAAUGCGAUGCUGAGAUUAAAAACAAUGAAAUUCAUAAAGCAAAUCAACGUUUCUUUGAUAUUCUCUCCGAACCACUCAUUAUGAUGUUACCAAUUGAAGGUUAUGACAAUGUACCACUAUUAUCUCUGACAACUGCCGUAGAAAAUCUGGAUAAAUUCGUACGUAGAAUAGAGCGAUAUGCUUGGAUUGCACUGGAAAGAAGCACUCAACUUACGGACGAAUUGACUAUCGAUGAAUCUGCUGCAAUUCAACUCUAUACGAUGGAUGGAAAACCAGGUUAUCCUUCGCUGUUGAUGCAACUUAACGCUGCAUUGAGAAAAGAAGAUCGAGAUGAACUGGUUCCAUACUAUCCCUACUUUAAAUUAUUGCUAACGGCUCUUUGGAAACUUAAAUCGGUGAGUCGCAUCGUGUGGCGUGGUGUCAAAGGUGAUGCCAGGGAAAAGUAUCCAAUCGAGAAAAUCUUCGUCUGGUGGGGAUUCAGUUCAUGCAUGGACUGUCACGAUAUACUUUUGUCCGAGAAGUAUCUUGGUGUGGACGGUGUUCGAACAUUAUUUCAUAUCGAAAGUACUAAUGGAAAGCCAAUUCAAUCUCAUUCAUAUAACAAAGCUGAAAAUGAAAUUUUACUCUUACCUGCUACUCAAUUUCAAGUGAUAAAACACGACAAAUUCAAUGCGAACGUCCACAUCAUUUAUCUGAAAGAAAUUUCAACGAAAUACAAUCUUCUACAAUCACCAUUCGGUUCAGACUACUCAACCAUACCCAUAGUAACAACUAAAGCUAAUAUUCAAAGUGACAGCAAUGUAGAGUAA